AUGGUCACGGAUCGGAUUUUCUCUGGUAUUCAGCCAACUGGGACGCCUCAUCUGGGUAACUACCUUGGAGCCAUUCAGAACUGGGUGAAUCUGCAGGAAGAGUGCAGCUCAGUGCUGUAUAGCAUUAUGGACAUGCACUCGUUCACCAUGCCCAAGGAGCCAGCUGUCCUGCGCCAAAACAUACUGGACACCACUGCUGCCGUCCUUGCCUGUGGUAUUGACCCAAAGAAGUGUUUCCUGUUCCGACAGUCGCUGGUUCCUGCGCAUGCAGAACUUGCCUGGAUUCUUGGAUGCUUAACUAAUGUGCCACGUCUACUACGCUUGCCCCAGUGGAAGAUGAAGCGUGCCAGCCAGAAUAACGAAGGAACUGUUGGUUUGCUGACAUAUCCAGUGCUUCAAGCAGCAGAUAUUUUGCUGUACAAGUCGACACAUGUUCCUGUUGGAGAAGAUCAAGUCCUGCACCUGGAACUAGCCCAAGAUAUAGCACAACACUUCAACAAGAAAUACGGAGAAUUCUUUCCUGUGCCCAAAGCCAUUUUAAGUGCAACAAAGAAAAUAAAAUCCCUCAGAGAUCCAACAGUGAAGAUGUCCAAGUCAGACCCACAGAAGUUAGCUACUGUUAACAUAGCGGACAGCCCAGAUGAAAUAGUGCUGAAAUUCCGCAAAGCUGUGACUGACUUUACAUCUGAGGUGACGUACGACCCAGCUGGUCGCCCCGGUGUCUCCAAUCUGGUGUCCAUUCAUGCUGCAGUAACGGGGCUUAGCAUAAAAGAAGUGCUGCACCAAUCUGCUGGCCUCAACACUGCUCACUACAAAAUGGUAGUAGCAGAGUCAGUUAUUCAAAAAUUUGCACCUAUCAGGAAUGAAAUCAAGAAACUCCAGGAAGACAAAUCCCAUCUGAUAAAGGUUUUAGAGGAUGGAGCAGAGAAAGCCAAAGAACUGGCUACCCCUGUCUAUCAAGAAAUAAGACGACUAGUGGGAUUUCAGUAG